AUGUCGCCGAUAUUCUCCAGCCUUGGCCUCGCAGAGGAAUCUCGGGCGGCUACUCUUACCACCACUCCCACCCAGCUCCCUCCCCAUUCUUCUGUUUCUUUCAAACCAAGCGUCAAGCUCUCUCUCCGAUCUGCGAGAUUCUCAAAGCCGCAAACGGGCUCCACGACUCCUUUGGGACCUGUGCCGAGGACGCGAGUGUCCCCCAAAUCACCAUUGAAAAGAGCCCUCAGCAUUUCUUCCGAUUCUGGAAACAGCAUCCCGUCCUCGAGCGCUGACGCGCCUGGCCAAGAGAACGGCCGCUCGGCAAUCCCUGCGAGCCCCCUCUCCAGGCGCUGCCUGAACAAGCCAUCGCGUCAUAGUUUGCACCUUGAUGUUUCUGGCGCGUCUCACUCCAUUUUCCGCAACCUAGACACGACCACUUCCGACUUCUCCAGCCCAGUCGCCGGUACGGGCACGUUAAAGCGAACUGACGCCGACAUGGAUUUCGGUACGGGCAGCGUGGCGAGCCCUGUCGCGAAGCGUCGAAGCUUGCACGGCAUCGCCAGCUUUAGUAGUAUUGUGCACGACGCCAAUGUCUUCGACCACGCGAGCUCUCCGUCGCUCAGUUUCGACAUACACGACGAGUCCUCCCAAAAUAAUUAUACCCUGGUAGGCAGCACAAUUCGACGCGACAGCCAGCCCUCCCCUACUCCCAUGUCUUCGGCUACGCGCCGAUCAUCCUCGCUACGCAAGUCGACGCUUCAGCAACGGUACGGCGACAAAGGUUCGUGGGGAAGGCGCACUGGCGCACAGCAACUCGCUCAAAUGCAAAUGGGCGCGGAGGUACCAAGUCCCAACGGUCGCAAUCGUCCUAGGCUGUCAUCCGACCAAUUUGUUCCACCUCCUGCCGCACGUGAGAACCCAUUCCCGACAAGCGGAGCAUUCUCUGCUUCAGUGAUGCACACAAACCCUCCUGCGAACCAAGCCGGCAACAACCCUCAUCCGUUGUCGCGAUCGCUCAAGCCUUCUACCUCAGGUAGUUGUUUCGUCGAGGACAGCCCCAUAAGGUUUCCGAUUGAGCAGUCGGCAAAUAAACUCCCCAAUCUGCGAUCGGAUCGCUUCAAAUUUUCACUACCCCCCGCGGCCAACACCAUUUUUACCAGGUCGCUGCCCAAUGCCGUGCAAAAUGCGCAGGCCACAUAUACUCCAGCCGUUGGACGACCUAGUAUGUUCAUGUCCUCCGGUUUGGUGUCGAAGGUCAAUCGAGAUCUCGACGAAGAUAAGGGGAUGGUGGUACCCGAUACCCCGUGCAAGAAGAACAGCUCCUCUGGUUUCGCUACCUACCCACCCAGUAGCGCUGUUAGAUUCCGACGCGGGCCUGCCACACCCAUUGCCUUGGGCUCGACCCGGGCCGACGGAGACGAAAAUUCAUCGUAUGGUAAUGUUGGUAAGGGUCUCGGCCUCUUCCAUAGGUUGGGAGGUCGGGUUCACCGACGCGCCAGCGUCCUGAAUCUGGACGAAGAGAACAAUGCCAACGCCAAUGCCAAUGGUGGCACGAGCAGCGGUGCUCACACCCCCGAAGGCGUUCCUCCGACUCCGACGAAGACAUUCGCGACGCCCUCGGCCACCGAGGCUAACCUGGACAGCAACAUCACCGAUAGCCCAAGUGCCAAUCGACGAGGGCCCCCCAUCUCGGCUGUCAAGCCCAUGUUCUCUCGAGAACCUUCAUCGAGUCCUAUUCGACCCGGUCAGCAGACGCCGAAGACGCCUCUCGAAAACAUGUUGCAACUUGACCCUAGCCGGUUCUCGGUCUCGCGCAACGGAAACACCGCGGCGGAGCAACAAUCUCCCGCCCCAGUCACCCCUACCACGAGCCAGAAUGGUCGCCGAAUUGUGACUCCUGUUCACUUGGGGAAGAGCCGUGUCGACAUCGACGAGUAUCUUCUCCACAAGUUCUACAAAGUUGACGAGAUUGGCCGCGGCGAGUUCUCAAUCGUUUAUCGCGUUGCCUUCCCCAGGCGGUCUCGCGCCUCCUUGGGUGUUGAGCUUAGCAGUAGUCCUCUGGCGAAGACACCUCCAGGUUCGCCUUCGCCUGGAACGGCCUACGCAGUCAAGAAAUCUCGCCGAGCCUUUACCGGCCCCCGCGAUCGCGAUCGGAAGCUUAACGAGGUUCGAAUCUUGAAGUCUCUGAGUCAUGCGAGCCACAUACUUCACUACAUCAAUAGCUGGGAGGUAAACAACCACUUGUAUAUCCAGACCGAGUACUGUGAUGAGGGUACUCUCCAGACGUUCGUCAGUGAGCUUGGCCAUAAGGGGCGGCUGGACGACUUCCGAAUCUGGAAAGUUCUGCACGAUAUCUUGCUUGGUCUUCAAGCUAUUCACAAUGCCAACUUGAUGCAUCUCGAUCUGAAACCCGCCAAUGUGUUCAUCACCCAUGAGGGUGUUCUCAAGAUCGGAGACUUCGGCCUUGCGGCUGAGUGGCCCGUCACAAAGUAUAUUGACGCCGAGGGUGACCGUGAAUACAUCGGUCCCGAAAUCCUCAAGGGCCAGUACGACAAAGCGUCAGACGUUUUCUCUCUGGGAUUGAUGACGCUGGAAAUUGGUGGUAAUGUCCAGCUACCCGACAAUGGCUUGGCCUGGCAAGCGUUGAGGAACGCCCAAUACACGGAGCUUCCAACACUCACACCGUUUGAGAUCAUCGGCGUGACGGGAGACAUCCCCUGCUCAUCGAUGACUUUCGAAGAUCCUCUCACUGGCAAGAUGAUGACUAUUGCCAAUCCCCGACCUGAUUUCGGCGUUCCCAAGCACGCGCCUUUGGUGCAGCCUCCUCCGUUCAUGGCCCGUUCAUCUCAUCCUUGGUCCAUGGACUUUUUGAUGCACCAGCUGACUCGUCCUGAGCCGGCCCAGCGCCCCACCGUUGACCAAAUUCUCCAAUUCGACAGUUUCCGCUGGGUUGCUACUCGACGACGAUGCGCCGCCACGGUCUACGAGGGGACGUUCGGACCAGAUGACGGUCCCAAUGACUAUGCUCAAAGUGACGUCGAUACUGUUAUGAUGGACGCCUAG